CGUAACUGUCCAAUUACAAUCGCAGCAGUCUUGGAUUAUUCAGGCAACCACCAAGUAAGUGGACCUCGACGGUGAUGACGGUCGCGCUGCACCUCCAAGACAAAGUCGACACGUAUGGAGCGAUUACACCGGCGCCUAGCAACGCAGGAUUGCCGCCACUGACGCCCGAGACGGCAAGGACCACCACGACUGCUACAUCGUCGUCCCCGUUCACCAGGUCGCCAUACAACACGACUCCGAAGCGCAAGAUGCUGCGAAAGGGAAGCAGUGUCGAAUUCGCAGCACAUCACCUGGAAGAUGAAGACCUUGCGGACGAGAAACAACGUCGGGAAUGCCGGCGCCUGUCGUUUCGUGAGAAGCAAGAGCUGUACAAAGUCCGUCCAGAUUUGGAAAUAGGAGCGCCGCUCGCCGUGCAGACGUUGAUGGAAGAUCAAUGCGACCAGCGCCGAAGAGUCGCGAGCUCGAUGUUUGCCGGCAUUGGUUGUGUCAUGAUGCUCAUUCUGUUUUACUACUUUAUCGCGUGGAAUAUGCGCGACGAUCCCGACUUCCAGUAAAUUAGCCGCAAUACAUGCAUGAUAUUGCUCCACC